CUUCUCCUGGUUCUGCAGCCGGAGGAGGAGGAGGAGGAGAAGGAGAGGUCAGAUGGUUUGGGCGAAGAUGGCGGCUCGCAGCGCCGGCGAGGCCUUCGCCUUUUGUUCCGGCCCAGGAGCCCCGCGCAGAGCCCUCGAGGUCCGCUUCAUCAGCAGCGCCAAGGGGAAAGGGCUCUUUGCAACCCGGAAUAUCCAGAAAGGGGAAACGAUUUUUGUCGAGAAGCCGGUGGUGGCAGCCCAGUUCCUCUGGAACGCCCUUUAUAAAUACAGAGCUUGUGACCACUGUUUGCGAGCGCUGGAGACGGCAGAAGAAAAUGCUCAACGGCUGCUUGGGAGAUUUCAAGUCCUGCCUCAUCCAGAGCAGUGUGGCAUCCGGAAAGACCUCCACCAGCAUUGUCCCAGCUGCCAGGUGACGUAUUGCAGUGCAGAGUGCCGGCAAGCUGCAUGGGAACAGUACCACCAAGUUUUGUGCCUGGGACCCUCUGGCCAGGAUCCCAACCACCCGCUCAACAAACUGCAAGAGGCAUGGAGAAACAUCCAUUACCCACCUGAGACUUCAAGCAUCAUGCUGAUGGCCCGGAUGGUUGCGACCAUCAAACAGGCUAAGGACAAAGACUGGUGGAUCAAACUCUUUGCUCAGUUCUGCAGCAAAACAGCCAACGAAGAAGAGGAAAUCGUCCACAAGCUCUUGGGAGACAAGUUUAAGGGCCAGCUGGAAGUCCUGCGUGUGCUUUUCACGGAAGCCCUUUAUGAUGACCAUGUUGGCAGGUGGUUUUCUCCUGAAGGCUUCCGGUCGCUGUUUGCCCUGGUAGGUACCAAUGGCCAAGGGAUAGGAACCAGCUCUCUGAGCCAGUGGGUCCAUGCCUGUGAUGCCUUAGAGCUUCCUCCACGGGAGCGGGAGCAGUUAGAUGCCUUCAUAGACCAGCUCUACAAGGACAUUGAGAAAGAGACAGGGGAAUUCCUGAAUUGCGAAGGGUCUGGUCUCUAUGUAUUGCAGAGCUGCUGUAACCACAGUUGCAUCCCUAAUGCUGAGACCUCAUUCCCAGAGAACAAUUUCCUCCUGCACUUGACAGCUUUGGAAGACAUCAGGCCAGGAGAGGAGAUCUGUAUCAGCUACUUAGACUGUUGCCAACGGGAGCGGAGUCGGCACAGCCGACACAAGACGCUCCGGGAAAACUACCUGUUUGUUUGCUCCUGCCCCAAGUGCCUGGCUCAAACCGACGAUCCAGAUGUGACCUCAGAAGAGGAAGAGGAGGAGGAGGAAGAGGAAGAAGCCGAAGGGGAACCGGAGGAUGCAGAGCUGGAGGAUGAGAUGACGGACGUUUGAUCGCCAGGGGCCCAGAAAGCAGGGCUGGAUGGGGCCCUUCUCAGAAGGCUGUUGUGAUGUGCAUUUCGGAAGGAGGGUCUUGAACCCGUGCCAGGUUGAGCUGGCAAUGGAGGGAAGGUCUGAGAUUUCACAGAGACCUGUUUGAGAGCUUGAACCCUUCAUCUGAUCAAGUUCAAAAGCAAGGGCUGGGGUUUUCACAUUUGCCGCAUGGGAUUCCACCCCCCAAUGCAACAUGCUGUGAUGUGAGAAAGAAUGCACCCCCCCCGCCAGUUUCCCCCUACAUCCCUGGUACAGUAAAUGAUUUGUAA